AGCCAUGUCCGCUGGACAACUGAGAGACACUUUUCUGUGAGAAAGGGCGCCAUCGCCUUCCACUCUCCACCGAUGCUACCCAUCUCCUCCCUAUCAAAUUCUCCCACCAUGGCCACCGUCGCCGCCGGAGCCUCCCUUUUCAUCACCAAGCGCUGGCUCUCUGAUGCUCUCCUUGCAACCCCAUCAGCCCUAAUGUUUCCCAUCUUGUCCGGCUCUCUUGCCAUUGAAUCGGCCCCGCUUAGAGCUUUCUCGGAGAGGUGGCGGCCGGCUCUGGGAAUAUCCGCCGCCGUUGUGCAGAGAAAGGCGGCUGUGACAUUUGGGGUUGAAGAGGGUGUGGCGGAUGAGACGGCGGAGGAGGGAGAAGGGCAAGCGGUGGACGGUGGUUCUCCAGUGGAAUCCGGGAAAACGAAGCUGUAUUUUGGGAAUUUGCCUUACAGUGUUGAUAGUUCACAGCUUGCUGACAUUGUUCAGGAUUAUGGGGUCGCCGAGCUCAUUGAGGUUCUUUAUGACAGGAGUACUGGAAAAAGUAGAGGAUUCGCAUUUGUAACCAUGAGCAGCAUUGAAGAUUGCAAUAAAGUCAUCGAAAAUCUGGAUGGAACUGCUUACAUGGGCAGACUAUUGAGGGUUAAUUUCUCAGACAAACCUAAGCCUAAGGGACUUCUUUAUCCAGAUUCUGAGUAUGAACUUUAUGUCAGUAACUUAUCCUGGUCAGUAACAUCUGAAAGUUUGGCACAAGCAUUUCAAGAAUAUGGAAAUGUGGUCGGAGCAAGGGUCAUCUACGAUGACGAGACCGGAAAGUCACGUGGAUAUGGCUUUGUAUCUUAUUCAACAAAAUCAGAGAUGGAAACAGCUCUUGAAGUUUGUAAUGAAUUGGAACUUGAAGGCAGGGUAAUACGUGUGGGAACGUACUUUGUUGGGCAGUACUAUCAGGUUCUUCAGCAGCAACCUGACUUUGUUCAUCAGUUUUAUUCUGAUGCGAGUACCAUGCUUCGUGUUGAUGGCCAUUUCAGGGAGUCCGCCACUGCAAUGCUGCAAAUCCAUGCUCUUGUGAUGUCGCUUAGUUAUACCGGGGUUGAGAUCAAGACAGCACAUUCAUUAGAAUCAUGGAAUGGUGGUGUUCUUGUGAUGGUUUCUGGAUCUGUUCAAAUGAAGAAUUUCAAUCAAAUGAGAAAAUUUGUGCAAACUUUUUUUCUUGCACCCCAAGAGAAAGGCUAUUUUGUUCUGAAUGAUAUCUUUCACUUUGUUGAUGAGGAGCCAGUGCACCAUUAUCCAGCACUCUUAUUAAGUCAGAGCAAUCUUGAUUCCACCUUGAAUGCUCCAACCACAGCUCCAGAGACAGUGCCCAAUUACUCACUGAAUGGUGCAGUCCAGGCCCCGCGAGAGUUUGCAACCCCGGUUGUCAAAGAAAAUGGUCACGUCGAUAACUGUAAGUUUGUCGAGCAGCAACUGCAGCAAGUUCCCGAGCCAAAAAGCAUUAUAGAGGAAAGUACAGCAGACGUAAAUUCUAUCCAUCAGAAUGCACCAACUGUUUCACCAGAUCCUUCCCCUGUUUCUGUUGAAGAACAUGCUGAGGAGCCCCAAAAGCAAACAUAUGCUUCAAUCCUUCGAGUUGCUAAAGGACAAGAUGCGCCCGCUUCCAUUGCUGCUUCUCAGUAUCCAGUUAGUAAGAGCACACCAUCUGCUUCAGAGAAAAACUACACUCCACCGUCCACUGCCCAGCAAUUAACUACAGCUCUCCAAAAUAACUCCGAACGGGAACAGACAGGAGGCGAGUUCCCUUCUGUUGAUGAUGAAGGUGAAAUAAAGUCUGUUUAUGUAAGAAACUUGCCAUCCACUGUGUCUGCUUCAGAAGUUGAGGAGGAAUUCAAGCACUUUGGAAAACUCAGUUCUGAUGGGGUGGUUAUUAGGAGCCGCAAGGAUGUUGGUUUUUGCUAUGCAUUUGUCGAAUUUGAAGACGUCACUGGCGUCCAAAACGCUAUCAAGGCAGGUACUGCUCAGGUUGCUGGGCGUCAAGUAUACAUCGAGGAGCGGAGAGCGAACAGCAACGUCCCACACCAAGGAGGAAGAAGGGGUGGUAGAGGAAGAGGUAGCUAUCACACAGAGUCUUCUAGGGGGCAUCAUUCUAGCUCUUGGAGUUACAAUAUGGGAGUUCGAGACGGAAGCGACCGACAAAGUGAACCACAGCCAUCAAGUAUCAAGAAAUGGAGAAAGUCCAUCAGAGUCAUCAUAGCUCGUUUAGCAAAGCAACAGUUUUUUCUAGCAUUAUCAACAGAGGCACACUCACAUUACCACAUUGAAGAAUAAUUUGAGUCAGUUUAAGCUAAUAUUAUUUGUCUAAGCGAAUAUGAAUUGCAUCAUUAUUUUUUCCAUUGGGUUUCUUGAUUUAAACAACAUUUCAUGAAACUCACUGCAUUUCCUCGUUGUUUUAAAUAUAAUCAAAUUUUGUCUCUA